AUGUUACCAGAUCUAAUGAUAUCCUUUGUUUUGCAGCGUCUGUGCACCAACGAUCGCGUGUGUGGGCGCGGCCAGUUCUGCGACCAGCACUACGGCGUGUGUCGGGACCACGUGACGGAGGGACACGAGUGUCGUCGGGACGCCAUGUGUGAGGGCGGAUACGCCUGCAUGUUCGGCCUGUGCCAAAAGCGCAUCAAGCGUGGGCGUGAGGGCGCCAGGUGCCGCAAGGAGCGGGAUUGUGGAGCAGGGAUGUGCUGCGCCCGUCGCCAUGGAGAGCAGGUGUGUCAGCGGCGUGUGCCGUUGGGCCACAAGUGCUACGUCCCUGAGGGCGGCCUCGACUACUCCAUGAACCAGCUUUGUCCGUGCGAGAGCGGCCUUGUGUGCAAAUACACGGCUCAACAGCCUCCUUCCAGGCACCAGCUCAUGGCCCUCAUGUCGGCGUACGAGGACAUGCGCUGCGCAGCGCCCUCGCACCGCGUCGACUGA